AACCUAAUCAAAAGAGUCUAUAAAAAGAAAACCCUAAUGUUAGGCUUUUAUCUUUUUUCUGUUUCUACCGUCUCUUUUUUGUAGACAGAAUUAUUUCUUAUUCAACUUGGAAUGGCUAAGCAAGUGAAAAUGGAGAAUGUAGACAGGAUUAGUGGUUUACAUGAUUCAAUUUUAAUUCACAUUCUGUCAUUCCUUUCUGCAAAACAAGUCAUUAGGACCUCUAUUUUAUCUACCCGAUGGAGAUAUCUUUUUGCUUUACUUCCUAAUCUCCACUUUGAUUUCGAAGGCGAUUUGUGGCGCCGGGGUUAUACAAGUUACAGGCAUAUUGACAUCUAUAGCUACGCAAGCCUUGUGGACAAAAUGCUGAUUACUCAUAAUAUGACAAAUAUCGAUAAAUUUCGUCUCAAAUGUCGAACAAUGAUUGAUCCUGACCGUUUUCACGCGUGGAUAUCUGCUGCAGUUCAUCGUGGGGUUAAACAUCUUGAUUUAAACAUCUCCCCAGGCAAGUUCACUACUCGGCCGGCUGUUCUAUUUACUUGCAGGACAUUGGUUACUUUGAAACUGUGUAUGGAGUUUGAUUUUGUUUUGGAUGUUCCCAAGGGUGCUCACUUCCCGAAUCUAAAGAUUAUUCAUCUUGAGGAAGUUAAUUUUUCGAAUGAUGAUUCAGUUAAAAGUCUAUUAUCCGGCUGCACCAGUCUUGAAGAUUUGGUGAUAGAGAAAUUUCUCAUGAGCAAUAUAAGCAACUUCAAUAUUUCACAUCCUUUUCUCAAGAGAUUGACUCUACUUUACACCUAUCAAAGUGACUAUGGUUGGAUAACGAUCGAUGCCCCAAAUCUAGUCUACCUGGAGUACGACGACGAAUUAGUAGCAGGGUAUUCACUGCAGAAUUUGCAAUCUCUUGUCAAAGCUGAUAUCGAUAUAUCCAACAGUCUUCAAGUUGAUGGAUCUACUUUUUUUAGAGGGAUCUGUAAUGUUCGUUCACUUAUUCUGUCGGAUACUUCUCUCGAGCUUCUUUUAAGCUGUGCACCGCUUCCUGUUUUUCCUAACUUGGUCAAAUUGAAGAUACAUUGUUCUAAUGAUCUACGCCCAUACUAUGAUCAAUGGGAAAAGGGACUUGAAACUUUACUCUCAAGUUUGCCUGAACUAGAAAAACUUGAGUUUAAUCAGGAAGCUCUCAUCUCUCUGCCUGAGAAAGCUCCUUCUUGCUUGUUGUCUAAACUCAAGUCCAUAAAAAUUUCAGACUUUACAGAUGAAAGAGAUUGUAUUGGGAAGGCAAAGUAUUUCCUAAAGAAUGGUAGAGCUCUAGAGAAGUUGACUAUACGUACAGCAUUACGCUAUUCUGGAGAAAGAAAAUCGAAGAUAUCUAAAGUGUUGUCGGCUUCACCAUGGGAAUCAAAGCAUUUGUGCAUCUUUAUUUUUUGAUAUUAAUAAACAAAUAUUGUACUGUUGCUAUUUAAAUUAGUCUUGCUCUUACCAAUGACUCAUUUGCUUGUGAUUCAAAGAGUAUCAUUACGUGAUGGAAAUUGUUUACAAUUUCACUACCUAAAUUCUUAUUAAAUAUGGAAAAAUUUGAAGA